AUGCUGCACAGGUGGAACUUGGCAAAGACUCUGGUCGUCAAGGUUCCUGAGGACCAGGUGCUGAAGAAGCUAAUAGACAAGACCGCCGAGUUCGUGGCAGAUGAGGGCUGGGACUUUGAGAAGCUGCUCCUCGACAAAGAGAAGGAGAACCCCAGGUUUUCCUUCAUGUCCACAGACAAGCAAAAUUUGGAGGAUCCGCUCCAUGUCUACUAUCGUUGGCGGACCUUCUCCUUCGCACAGGGAGACAAUGAGAUCUACUGGCGAGCAGAGCUCCGCGCUUGGCUGCCGGAUGCACUUCUGACCGCUUCCCUGCCAUUCUUUCAAAACUACUUCUGCGGCCAGCAGGCGGUUCCCGACGUGCAGAGAAUAGAGCUGGCUUUGCCCAGCUCGGUGCUUGACUCAGUUCUGGCAUGGAAUGCAGGCCUUCACCGGCCGUCAACUGCAAAGUUCUGCACUGGCAGUGAGAGCAAUCUUACUUUCGAGAUAUACAUACUGCCUACCAGUUGUGCUGCCCUCUGCUCUCUCAGACCCUCUAGUCAACGCCAUGCCAGCCGAGUGCGAGUGCGUAAGUCCAAGCCUGAAACACAGCUGCUAAAGGGUCCGGCGUUUGAGCUGCUGCGGCAAAAGCUCAGCGGCACCGGUGCCAGUGUGUCCACCAGUGGCAAGGACAAUGUGAUAGGUGGUCAGCAGUUUCGAGCAUUGCUGGGCUUCAAUGAGCCCGACAUUCACUCGCAGGCGCACAUGGACCCAUGGCAUGCAGCAGCCAUCUGGCAUGAGGUGGAGCAGGUGGCUCGCAACUAUGGCGUUCAGAAGCUUGUAAGCCCGGCGAUGUGCGGAGACAUUGGCAAAGGCACAUCUUGGAUGCAGCAGUUCUUGGACGCUUGCAAAGGCUGCCGGAUCGAUGCCAUCGCCAUCCACAGCUACUGGUGCAGCCUGGAUGGUGUGCAGAACCUCGUUGAGCAAUACCGGCGUUUUGGGAAGAAGAUUUGGCUGACAGAGUUUGCUUGCGCAGCGCCAGGAGUGGACGUGUCCAUGCAGGGCCAGAUCAAAUUCAUGAAGGAUGUCGUGCCGUGGUUGGAGCAGGAAGACUUGGUUGAGAAGUAUGCUUGGUUCAGCUACUUUACCAACGAGUGGGCACAUGGCAUCACGAAUCCCAACCCUGAUGCUGGACUAGUUGACUGGAACGGCGCUUUGUCAGAGCUGGGGCGGGUCUAUGUAAGCCUGGGCCACCACCGGCGCCUGGAAGGCAACGCGAGCUUCCAAGAAGUGCAGCCUAAUGUCACCCAACCGAUCUUUCCAUGA